AUGGCUCUCGUCGGAGUUGAUUUCCAUGCUCCACUUCGAGAUGUGAAGCGAGUACAGUUCGGAAUCCUCGGUCCAGAGGAAAUUAAGCGUAUGUCUGUUGCGCACAUCGAGUUUCCUGAAAUAUACGAAAAUGGCAAACCCAAGUUGGGAGGAUUGAUGGAUCCUCGCCAAGGUGUAAUUGACCGUCGCGGAAGAUGUAUGACGUGUGCCGGAAAUCUGUCAGAUUGUCCAGGUCAUUUUGCGCAUUUAGAGCUUGCAAAGCCAGUCUUCCACAUCGGAUAUUUAACAAAAACGCUCAAAAUUCUGAGAUGCGUCUGUUUCUAUUGCGGUCGUCUUCUCAUCGACAAAUCACAUCCACGGGUUCGAGAUAUUCUCAAGAAAACCACAUCCAAUCCCAGACGGCGUCUAACGCUUAUUUAUGACCUCUGCAAGUCAAAGACAGUGUGUGAAGGUGGAAAUGAAAAGGAUGAAGAGAAUCAAGAAGAUCCCGAUGAUCCGAUGACUGAUGGCAAAAAAGUCCCUAGCGGCUGCGGACGAUAUCAACCAUCAUAUCGAAGAGUGGGAAUUGACAUUAACGCUGAAUGGAAAAAGCAUGUUAAUGAAGAUACGCAGGAGCGAAAAAUCGUGCUCACAGCAGAACGAGUAUUGGAAACUUUCAAACAAAUCACAGAUGAAGAUAUUCUCGUUAUCGGAAUGUCUCCACAAUUUGCCAGGCCUGAAUGGAUGAUCUGUACAGUGUUGCCAGUACCGCCGCUUGCUGUGAGGCCAGCUGUCGUCACAUUUGGAUCAGCGAAGAAUCAAGACGAUUUGACGCACAAGCUUUCAGAUAUUAUUAAGACGAAUCAACAACUUCAACGAAAUGAGGCUAAUGGUGCUGCGGCUCACGUGCUCGCAGAUGACGUCAGAUUACUUCAGUAUCACGUAGCUACACUUGUAGAUAAUUGUAUACCUGGACUUCCUACGGCAACACAAAAAGGUGGAAGACCGUUGAAGUCCAUCAAGCAACGUCUGAAAGGAAAAGAAGGCCGAAUUCGUGGAAAUUUAAUGGGUAAACGCGUCGAUUUCUCGGCGCGUACUGUCAUUACGGCCGAUCCGAAUCUGCCAAUCGAUACCGUCGGCGUGCCGCGAACCAUUGCGCAAAAUCUAACGUUUCCGGAAAUUGUGACGCCGUUCAAUGUCGAUAAACUUCAAACACUGGUGGAUCGAGGUGACACUCAGUAUCCAGGCGCCAAGUACAUUAUUCGUGAAAAUGGCGCACGCGUUGAUUUGCGAUAUCAUCCGAGAGCCGCGGAUUUGCAUUUGCAGCCCGGCUACAGAGUCGAAAGGCACAUGAAAGAUGGCGACAUUAUCAUUUUCAAUCGUCAGCCAACACUUCAUAAAAUGUCCAUGAUGGGUCACAGAGUCAAAAUUCUUCCAUGGUCAACAUUCCGUAUGAAUUUGUCUGUAACCACGCCGUACAACGCCGAUUUCGAUGGUGAUGAAAUGAAUUUGCAUUUGCCGCAAUCAUUGGAAACGAGAGCCGAAGUCGAGGAGAUUUGUAUGGUGCCGAGACAACUGAUUACACCGCAGGCCAACAAGCCGGUGAUGGGAAUUGUGCAGGAUACGCUAUGUGCGGUUCGAAUGAUGACCAAAAGAGACGUUUUUAUUGAUUGGCCGCGAAUGAUGGAUUUGCUCAUGUAUCUUCCGGUUUGGGACGGAAAAGUGCCGCAGCCGGCGAUUUUAAAGCCGCAACCGCUCUGGACCGGCAAACAAGUGUUCUCGUUGAUCAUUCCGGGUAAUGUGAACGUGUUGCGAACGCACAGCACCCAUCCCGAUGAUGAGGAUAAUGGUCCGUAUAAGUGGUUGUCGCCUGGUGACACGAAAGUGCUCAUCGAGCAUGGAGAGCUGAUAUCGGGAAUCGUUUGCUCGAAGACGGUCGGACGAUCGGCGGGUAAUCUGCUUCACGUGGUUGCUCUUGAAUUGGGACACGAAGUCGCCGCGCAGUUUUAUUCGCAUAUUCAAACGGUUAUCAACGCGUGGCUGAUACGCGAAGGACACACGAUUGGAAUUGGAGACACGAUUGCCGAUCAAAAUACGUAUAAGGAUAUUCAGAAUACGAUUAAAAAAGCUAAACAGGAUGUUAUUGAUGUUAUUGAGAAAGCUCAUAAUGACGAACUUGAGCCAACUCCUGGUAACACUCUUCGACAGACGUUCGAGAACAAGGUCAAUCAGAUUCUUAACGAUGCUCGUGAUCGUACUGGUAGUUCUGCGCAGAAAAGUUUGUCGGAGUUCAACAAUUUCAAAUCGAUGGUCGUUUCUGGAUCGAAAGGAUCGAAAAUUAACAUCUCGCAGGUUAUUGCUUGUGUCGGACAGCAGAACGUUGAAGGAAAGCGUAUUCCAUUCGGUUUUCGGCAUCGCACAUUGCCGCAUUUCAUUAAGGAUGAUUACGGACCGGAAUCGAAGGGAUUUGUUGAAAACUCGUAUCUCGCUGGUUUGACGCCUUCGGAAUUCUUCUUUCACGCAAUGGGAGGUCGUGAGGGUCUUAUCGAUACUGCUGUCAAGACUGCCGAGACUGGUUACAUUCAACGUCGUCUCAUCAAGGCAAUGGAGAGUGUGAUGGUGAAUUAUGAUGGAACGGUGAGAAACUCGCUGGGACAGAUGGUGCAACUUCGUUAUGGUGAAGACGGGCUCGAUGGAAUGUGGGUUGAGAAUCAGAGCAUGCCGACGAUGAAGCCGACGAAUGCGGUGUUUGAACGAGACUUUAGAACCGAUUUGACGGAUGAGAAAUUCAUGAGGAAAGCUUAUUCUGAAGAUGUGAUUCAUGAACUUCAAGAAGCCACCGAUGCGAUUGAGAAGGUUGAAUCCGAAUGGGCGCAACUCGAAGAAGAUCGACGACUGCUGCGAAAGAUUUUCCCGAAAGGAGACGCGAAAAUUGUGUUGCCUUGCAAUUUGCAGCGGCUUAUUUGGAAUGCGCAGAAAAUUUUCAAAGUCGAUCUCAGAAAACCGGUGAACUUGUCGCCGCUUCAUGUUAUCGACGGUGUCAGAGAGAUGUCGAAAAAAUUGGUGAUUGUCGGCGGUAAUGAUGAUAUUUCCAAGCAGGCUCAAUAUAACGCGACUCUUUUGAUGAACAUAUUGAUUCGAUCGACGUUGUGCACGAAGAAGCUUUGCACUUCAUCCAAAUUGAACACGGAAGCGUUUGAUUGGCUGCUUGGAGAAAUUGAAUCGAGAUUCAUGCAAGCCAUCGCUCAGCCUGGCGAAAUGGUUGGAGCACUUGCGGCUCAGUCGCUUGGAGAGCCCGCCACUCAGAUGACGUUGAACACGUUCCAUUAUGCUGGUGUGUCGGCGAAGAACGUCACUCUUGGUGUGCCGCGUCUCAAGGAAAUUAUCAAUGUGUCGAAACAAUUGAAGACACCGUCGUUGACGGUGUUCCUUACUGGCGCCGCGGCGAAAGAUGCCGAGAAGGCGAAAGAUGUGCUUUGUAAGCUCGAGCACACGACACUGAAGAAGGUCACGUCGAACACGGCGAUUUAUUACGAUCCGGAUCCGAAGAAUACGGUGAUUGGCGAAGACGAGGAAUGGGUAUCGAUUUUCUAUGAGAUGCCCGAUUUUGAUCUGACGAGAACGUCGCCGUGGUUGCUGAGAAUCGAGCUUGAUCGCAAGAGGAUGACGGAUAAGAAGUUGACGAUGGAAAUGAUUGCGGAUCGAAUUCAUGCCGGAUUCGGAAAUGAUGUGCACACGAUCUAUACCGAUGAUAACGCUGAGAAGCUUGUGUUCCGAUUGAGAAUUGCUGGCGACGACAAGAGCGCCGAGGGGCAAGAGGAACAGGUGGAUAAGAUGGAGGAUGAUGUGUUCUUGCGAUGCAUCGAGUCGAAUAUGCUUGCCGAUCUCACGCUUCAAGGAAUCCCGGCGAUUUCCAAGGUUUACAUGAACAAGCCGCAGACGGAUGACAAGAAGAGGAUUAUCAUCACGCCGGAAGGUGGAUUCAAAGCGAUCACGGAAUGGAUUUUGGAAACCGACGGAACGGCGUUGCAACGUGUGCUCUCCGAGCGACAAAUCGAUCCAGUACGAACGUCAUCGAACGACAUUUGCGAGAUCUUCGAGGUUCUCGGAAUCGAAGCGGUUCGAAAGGCGAUAGAACGAGAAAUGCACAAUGUCAUUUCAUUCGACGGCUCUUACGUCAAUUAUCGACAUUUGGCGCUUCUUUGCGAUGUGAUGACCGCUAAGGGACACUUAAUGGCGAUCACUAGGCACGGAAUUAAUCGGCAGGAAGUUGGUGCUUUGAUGAGAUGCUCGUUCGAAGAGACCGUCGAUAUUCUCAUGGAAGCUUCGGUUCACGCUGAAGUGGAUCCUGUCAAAGGAGUUUCCGAGAAUAUCAUGCUUGGACAACUCGCGCGUUGCGGCACCGGCUGCUUCGACUUGGUGCUGGAUUCGGAGAAAUGCAAAUACGGAAUGGAGAUUCCGACGAAUAUUGUGAUGGGCGGCGCGUUCAUGGGCGGCUAUGCGGCGAGUCCGAACUCGCAUGAAUUCUCACCAGCGCAUUCUCCAUGGAAUUCGGGUGUCACGCCAAGCUACGCAGGAGCCUCGUGGUCGCCGAUGGGAGCUGGAGGAGGUAUGAGCCCAAGUGCCGGCUUCUCGCCUGCUAGCAACAUUGAUGGUGGCGCCUCGCCGUUUGGCGACGGCGGCUGGUCUCCGGCGUCGCAGAACGACCCGCUUGGUGCAUUGUCGCCGCGAACCCCGUCGUAUGGUGGCGGAAUGUCGCCGGCGGGCUAUUCGCCGACGUCGCCGCAAUAUUCGAUGACGUCGCCGAGAUAUUCGCCAACGAGUCCGACGUACUCGCCGACGUCGCCGGCUGCUGGACAAUCGCCGAUCUCUCCGUCCUAUUCUCCGACUAGUCCGAGCUAUUCCCCUACCUCGCCAUCGUACUCUCCAACGUCGCCAUCGUAUUCGCCAACGUCGCCGAGCUACAGCCCAACGAGUCCAAGCUAUUCUCCGACGUCACCAUCGUAUUCGCCGACGUCUCCGUCAUAUUCUCCAACAUCUCCGUCUUACACUCCAGCCAGUCCACGAUACUCUCCAACGUCGCCUACUUACAGUCCGACAAGUCCAGCCUACUCUCCGACAUCGCCGACGUAUUCGCCGACGAGUCCGCGGUACUCGCCAACGUCGCCGACACUCGAAGGAUACAGUCCAUCGAGUCCGAGGUAUUCGCCGACGAGCCCGACGUAUUCGCCAACGAGUCCGCAAUACUCACCGACGAGUCCACAAUAUUCGCCGUCGAGUCCGCAAUAUUCGCCGUCGAGUCCGCAGUAUUCGCCUACGUCGCCGACCUACUCGCCAACGUCGCCGACGUACUCGCCGACAUCGCCAACGUAUUCGCCGAGCAGUCCGCAGUAUAGUCCGUCAUCGCCAGCGUAUUCGCCCACAAGCCCACAGUACACGCCGUCAUCGCCGCGAUUAUCGUCGCCGACGUAUUCGGGAACGAGUCCGCAGUAUAGUCCAAGUUCGCCGAUGUACUCUGGACAAGAUUCGCCAGCGUAUUCACCAUCGUCGCCGACGUAUUCACCGAGCGCGGGACCUUCGAAUGAUCCGAAUGGAUCGCCAACAUAUGAUCCGGACAAUUAG